AAACCUUGAAACCCGGAACCCGACUGAACCAAAGCGACAGUCGGGUUAGCCCUUCCCGAGAGAGAGAGAGGGGGGGCGGAGAGCGGGAGAGGGAGAGGGAGAGGGAGAGAGAGCGAGGCAGAGCAGAGCAAGGCACAGCAAAGCGGAGCAGAGUGAUAUGUUGGGGAGAAAGCUAAUCUCAUUCCUGAGGAGCUCUCCGAUGGCUUCCAGUAGUUCUACAAAGCCUGUGGAGGAAGGAAGGAUCAAAUCUUUAAGUCGGAAGGCAGUAUCUUUCGUCCUGAUCACAGUUACAGGUGGUGUAGCAUUGAGCGCUCUUGAUGACCUUGCCAUUUAUCAUGGCUGUAGCAGCAAGGCCUUGGAAAAGGCAAGUAAGAACCAGGCAAUUUUAGAUGCUAUUGGAGAACCUAUUGUGAAAGGUCCAUGGUAUAAUGCAUCCCUUGCAGUAGCUCACAAGAGGCAUUCUGUUUCUUGCUCAUUUCCUGUGUCUGGACCACAAGGCACUGGAAUCUUCCAGUUGAAGGCAGUUCGCAAUGGAGAUGAUAGUUGGAUUUCAUUUUUGAGGUCUCGUGAUUGGGAAAUCUUAAUUAUGGAUGCUCUCCUGCAUGUUCCUUCUAAUGAUGAGAAGCAGCAAACACUUCGGAUUAGUCUCUCAGACCUUCCCCGCCCAGCUUGUACAGCAUGCACCGAGUGCAGGCCUCAAAGAGUCGAGGACCCUAAGGAUGAAGUGAAAAAACAAAACUAGUAAGCACGCUUAAAACGUUUCGAGAUUUAUUUAUGUUCAUAAAAGUUUUGAUCUCCAAAAUCAUCUGUAAUGAAUUGGGAGAAUCCCCCAUAUUCGAUAUUUGAUGUGAUCAUCUGAUUUUAUUCCUCCUUAGAAAUUUUCUAUAUCCUUUUGAGAUUAUGAAAUGACAGGCCGGUAGGCUUUUUUAAGGCACUUACAUUUGUUA